UCCCAUACAGAUCAACUUAGACACUGUGUUUUGUCCGACUUUCAAAACAACUUCUGUACUCCAAAGUCUUGCUGUUUUUUUUUUUUUUUCGGACAAGGCUCUGUCCAUCGGCGAGCUCUGUGUGGAACAGAGGAGUUUGGAAUGCUCAGAAAAUGGACAGAAACACAGGUACACAGAAGUCGGCUGUGAGCGGUCUGGACGAUCGUGCCUGGUCGGGGUGUGUUGUGUUGUUCCUGCGUUGCUGCAGUCCUGAACCUGAUCUUCUGUCCUUCUACAAAGACCAACAGGAGAAGUUUAGCAUCUUCAAGACCAUUAAACUCACACUCACAGAUGUUGCAGGUGGACUUGAUGGUUACGAGAUCCUCAAGCUUCACGACGCCGACCCGUUCCUGGGAGUGGAGCUGAAGUUCAUGGAUAUCCUUCCCUGUAGGCGUUUCCUCGACAGCUACUCGUGUGGCUCGCUGCUUCAGUUCCUCUCCCAGCAUGCAUCACGCCUACUCUCGCUUCCCAGUGGUCUGGGCGUGGAGUCCAUGCUCAAGGCAGGAACACACACCCUGGACAACAGCAUUCAGGAUCCAGAGCUCUGUCUACAGCUCAUAUACCAGUCUCAGCCCGUGCGUUUGCGGGACGACGAGGUCACGCUGCUCGAGCAGCAGCUACAGAACAGCUACAUUCCACCCGUCCAGACGCAAAAGGAAGUGCCUAAGGACUGCUUCAUGUUCCAGAAACACCAGUUUGAGGACAGGGCUUUGACUCCCAUGGAUCAGCAGCGCUUCGCUUCUCACGUGGGCCGUGACUGGAAGCGAGUGGGUCGAGCGUUACAGAAGAACUGCCGUGCGCUGAAGGGGACGGCCAUCGACAAUCUCGCGUAUGAGUACGAGAGGGAGGGGCUUUACGAGCAGGCCUAUCAGCUACUGGGACGCUUCAUCCAAUCAGAGGGCCGGAACGCCAGACUGGGGCGUCUCAUUAGCGCACUGGAGGAAGCCAAGCUGAUCAGCAUGGCUGAGAUUAUGUUGGACAUUCAGCCACGAGAGUGAGGGACUCGAACCGUGUAUGUGUGUGUGUGUAUAUGUGUGUGUGUGUGUGUAUGUGUGUGUAACUGGGUCUGGUACCUAAAGGUGUAGUUUUUUUUUAGUUUUUUUUUUUUAUGCAGCAUUCUUCAAACCAAGUUUAGAUGAAAGAAUUUAGGAUUAGCGAAAGAUCGCUGUGGCGUUUCACACAUCCUGGUGCGAGUUACACCCUCACCCUGUUCAUCUGAUAAUCAAUCCCAACCAGGGCGAAAUCCAUCCAUAUGAUUCGUUGGCCGCUUGGGUUGGCUUGAUGUUGCAGAUUAUUGAAAUCUUUUGUUAGGGGUCUAUAGAGCUGAAAAUGUUCUUAUAUAAAACGAUUCCAGUCCUUGGUUGGAAAAUAAAUGAUGGAAAAAAAGUUUCAACAAACCCUAACCAUUUAAGGGCAUGCAGAAAUCACCAAAGUCACCUGAGUCGGCAUUAACAUAUAGAAUGAUAUAAACAAUGUAGUAAUUUUGUAUGUCAUAAGUGGCCGCUCUUAUCUUAUCCCCGGGAACGCAGGGCAUUACUGCAGCGCAGUCGAGCAGCCUUCACUUCUUGCAGUGAGUCGAUUCAAAGUCGAUUCCUCCACCCGCCAAAGAAACCCCCCACCCCCCUGUAGUCGACUCUAUCCGGCUCCUAAGCGUGAUCGCUGUUUUAUCACUUGAGUAGAGAAAAACACACACGGGUUCUGUUUAAACUCCCCAAACACUUUGUGUGUGCGUGUGUGUGAGAGAAAGAGAUCACAACCUCCCACAGCUAUUUUUGUGUCUUAUGAUGACCCCAUGUGUUCCACUUCCUGUUCAAUCGUAUCAGGUUAAUAAUAAGCCCUUCAUGAGACCUUCCUGUAUCGUGUGUAUUUGUGUGUGUGUGUGUGUGUGUGUGUGUGUGUGUGUCAGAGUCAGAAACCAGAUCAAGAGCCAGUGUUCUAAAUUCAGAACUUUUCUCAACACACUUUCUCGAGCUCUCUUCUGUGUGCUGUGAGUGAGUGUGUGUUCAGCAUUGUGUGUGUUUGUGUCUUUAGUUUGAUUUGAUAAAGAUUCAGACGUAACUCGCCUAGUCUUUGAUCUGGAGCAGAUUUUUUGCGGUUAUCAGGUGGACUAUGUUGAGUCGGAUAUUAGUGUAAAGUCUCAUGGUACAGAGGAAGCUUAGAGGUUUUUAAUAAACACUUUUUGGUAUUAUUUAUGAUCAAUACAAACAGAACAAAUCACACUGAGAUAAUCAAAGUGUGGGGUAUAUACAUAUCAAACCUGAAACUUUAAUAAAAAAUCUGCUCAAAACAUUUAAAAAAAUACAGCAUUAUUAUACAGAUAACAAGUAAUAGUCUGCUCUUUAAAUGAAUCAUUUCUAGGGGUGCUAAUAUUUUGAGUAAUUGAAUGAAACAGAUUUUUAUUUUGCACCCUUUUUCAAUAAUUCUAUAAUUCUGCCACUCGAUUACUCGAGUGUGACAGUUUAAGAAGACGUUUAGAUAUGUUCUGUUCGUUCAGCGUCCUCUGCCUGGUUUAGUGAUAUUCAUAAAAAUAUGUUUAUAAAAAAAUCUAACUGUAAAUCCAUGUGAUACUGCAAUGCAUUGUGGGAGAAACGGACCGGUGUAAUUACAAGAAAUAAUGAAAUGAUCAUGUAAUGAUAUAAUGAAUAAUAAUUAUAAUAAUAAUGAUAUGAAUAUGAAUAGUACAAGAGACAACUACAUCCUGUGUGUGUGUGAGUGUGUGAGUGUGUGUUUGAAAGAGGGAGAGAGUAAUUGGAAUCUUUUUUUUCUUUUUCGUUUUCCUCAUGACCAUGAAUGUCUCACUGCUCUAUAUGAAAAAAAAUCUUUAAUAAAUUUUUUCAUGUUUGUAGAACAGCAGA